UGGUCAUAUGAAAAUGAAUCUGAAAUCUCUUUGUCUUUUAAAGGGGCAGGGCAGGGGUAUCUGUGGCACAGCAAGCUGAACUGCCUGUGAUGCUGACAUCCCACAUCUGAGCGCCAGUUCCAGCCCCCACUGUUCUGAUCUAGCUCCCUGCGAACAUGCCUGGGAAAGCAGCAGAAUGUGGCCCAGCACACCACGGGAGCUGAAUGAUGCCAGAUGUUGACCUUUUGAACCUGUUUGCUCUUCCAUGAAGACACAGUCAUUGUAUAUACAAUGAGUCUUCCUCAAGAAGUUCGUGGGACAUGGUUCUGGUUCUGUCGCUGAGACACGUGAAGGUCGGAGACUUGGUGUGGAGGCUGGCUCGGCGCUGGUGGACGCUGGGAUGGAUUCGUCCUCGUCCGCGGCGGGCUUGGGCGCGGUGGACCCGCAGUUGCAGCACUUCAUCCAGGUGGAGACCCAGAAGCAGCGCUUCCAGCAGCUGGUGCACCAGAUGACCGAGCUCUGUUGGGAGAAGUGUGUGGACAAGCCUGGGCCGAGGUUGGACAGUCGGGCUGAGGCCUGUUUCGUGAACUGCGUCGAGCGCUUCAUUGAUACGAGCCAGUUUAUCUUGAAUCGACUGGAGCAGACCCAGAAAUCCAAGCCAGUCUUCUCCGAAAGCCUUUCUGACUGACCACAGCAUUAUGUCUUUGGAAAAGGAAGGUAUUGAGGACAUGCAGAGUGAUUGGUGGGAUGGUGGCAGAAAUACCCAGGGGAGAUGGUUUUCCUGUUUUGUCACACCUGCAACAAAGUCCUGUGAUCGAAAAUGAACGAUCAUUUUGUGUGCGGGGUCUGUGGGUCAUGUGGAUCUAGUUGCUGGGUAUUUGUGUGCCAGGUCUGUAGGUCGUGUGUGGAUUUGGUUGCUGGGUAUUUGUGUGCUGGGUCUGUAGGUCGUGUGGAUCUGGUUGUGUUUGACUCUAGUUGGGUGAACAUAAUGCACGGGUGUGUGGGAGGCUCAGUUAGAUGUGUGUCUGUAUUGGGACUAUGCUUUUCUCAGUGUCCCCUUUAAGUACUCCUUAUAAUUUGACAAUGGAACUGCUUUCUAUAAUUUGAUAGUAAAGUGAAAUCUCGUUUGUGUGGA